AUCUCUGGUCCUGCUCCUCGCAGCCUCCUGCUCCAUCUCUGCGGUCACUGUGGGUGAGCGCAGGGGGAACGCAGAGAGAGGGAGCUUCUCUGCCAGCAUUUGCAUCAGCAGUAUUUCAGAAGAAUCCCUGCUGCCACAGCCGUGCAGUCAUCCAGGGAGCAGGAUGCUCAGGGCAGAUGAAGGGAUGGGAAAAGAGGCUGCUUUACUCCUUGGGAAGUGCCUCAACAGUGUUCACAAGGUACAGUGAUUGAUUUCCAGUAUGAGGCUCAGCAGUGGGAGAAAAAUCAUUUCCAUCCUCAAAGACAGAAGCAGCAGCAGCAGCAGCAGCAGCAGCAGCAGCAGACAGCGGCAUCAGGGAAAUAUUCUGGUUCAGACUCUGACAAUCCCAGCAUCACCCUCUGGACCUACAAGACAACAUCUGACCUAAUUUUCAAACCUCGUACUUUCUGUCCGCGCUCCCUGGCUUUGAAGGAUGGGUGAUGGGCCUGUGACUGACCCCGCCCGCCUGCCCCAUCCUACCCUUCAAUGGAGCCAACGUGGAACUCCUCCCACACGACUCCACAGCCCGUCUCCAACGUGUCCGCCUUGUCGCUGCCCGAAGGCUGGGCUCUGUCCCAGGCGCUAGCCCUGCUAGCAAUGCUGCUCAUGGAUCUGCUGGCUGUGGUGGGCAACGUGGCUGUCAUGGCAGUCAUCGCCAAGGCCCCUCAGCUCCACAAGUUUGCCUUCGUCUUCCACCUGUGUGUGGUGGACCUCCUGGCAGCCCUGGUGCUGAUGCCGCUCGGCAUGCUCUCGAACCGGGCCUUCUUUGGCGAGGCCUUGUGCCGGAGCUACGUCUUUCUUAGCGUGUGCCUAGUCAGUGCUGCCAUUCUCUCAAUCUCCGUCAUCAACGUGGAGCGGUACUACUACAUCAUACAUCCCAUGCGUUAUGAGGUGAAGAUGACUGUUGGUUUGGUGGCUUCGGUGCUCGUGGGGAUCUGGGUCAAAGCUCUGGCCAUGUCUGCUCUGCCGCUGCUCGCUUGGUUCCUGCAAGGCGGAAGAACUCCUCUCCUGGAGAGCGGUGGGGUCGGCGGAGGAGGUGGAGGGGCCGUCCCACCUCCCCCCACCUCUCAGGGUCACAGGCGCUGCUCCCUUCACUGGACUGGAGGAGGCUCAAACCGCUUAGCUUUCAUGGUCCUUUUCACUCUGGUGUACUUCCUCUGCCCACUGUUGGUUAUCCUCGUCGUCUACUGCAACAUGUUCAAAGUGGCUCGGGUGGCCGCCAUGCACCAUGGGCCGCUUCCUACUUGGAUGGACACGCCGCGACGGCAGCGGUCAGAGUCGCUCAGCAGCAGGUCCACCAUGGUCACAAGCUCUGGGACUGGGACCGGCACUGACAGAGCCACUCCACACCGACCCUUCGGGGGAGGAAAGGCUGCGGCCGUGUUGGCGGCUGUAGGCGGGCAGUUCCUGUGCUGCUGGCUGCCCUACUUCACUUUCCACCUGUACUCAGCUCUGGCUGCCAGUCCACCCGCUGCGCUGGCCUCUCUGGAAGAGGUGGUGACCUGGAUCGGCUACUUCUGCUUCACCUCCAACCCGUUCUUCUACGGCUGUCUGAACAGACAGAUCCGCGAGGAGCUCGGCAAGCAUCUUCCUUGCCUGUUUCGCAGAGCUGGGGUCGAAAUGGAGGACAGACUGCCGAGCCGUGACGGGUCCAUAGAGGAGAACUUUCUUCAGUUUCUUCAAGGCACUGCCUGCAACCUGGACCCUCAAAACUCUCGCAGCACUUCCAGCCCGAAGGGGGGAGAGGCCUGUUGCCCUGUUGCUCAGUGCCAACCGACUGAGAUAGCUCAACCCAUUCCUAUUGAUUUUCGCAUCCCUGGACAGAUUGCCGAGGAAACUUCAGAGUUUAUUGAGAUUGAACAGGCAAAAAACAACCACAUAUAUACAGACAACUAGGUUUUUUUUUUUUGUUGCAAUCAAAGACGUAAAAAGUUCCAGGAAAUUCCCUCUUUUUACACUUUUGUUGAAAGAUGUGACUUGGUUUGACCCUUUAGGGUUUCACUAUAUUUUUCAGCUCCUUGUGACAAACUUACGGUGCCUCGCAAAAGUAUAAAUACCAAUUGAGCUUUUUCACACUUUUUACAUUACAUUCUGUGUAUUAUUCAUGCUUCAAAGGGGUUUAUGAAGUGGAAAAAAAAUGUUAUCAAUUCACAAGUUUUUAGAAACUUAAAAGAAUAUGUAAAUUUACAAGUACAAAUCUGAAAAGAGUCCACAUGUAUUCCAUUACUAACCUCUUUUACCCUCAAAUAAAUUGCCUUAAGAUGUCACCUAAUUAAACCAAAGCAAAUAUUAUCCCUGUGUAUAAACUGAUCUUUGAAUACAUCUAGCUGUUCUUGAGAGACCAGUUCGAGAACAAACAGCAUCAUACAGACCAAGGAACACAGCGGAAAGGUUAGGGAUAAAAUUGUGGAGAAAUUCAAAGAGAACAAUAUCCCGACCUUUCAGUACCUCGUGGUAUUGAAUGACGUACUGGAAGGUUGUGAGUAGAAAUCACAACCUUUCCAGAAAUCGAAUGUGAGUAGCAAACCUACCAAGAUGGCUGCCCACCUGAACCGAUGGUUAGCAAUUUUUACAAAAAGAUUUUGCCUAGAAACUCAAAAGCAAAUAUUUUGUUUUCAUAAUACAUUCUGUAGGAAUUUUUAAACAAAUUGCAAAGUGCAAAACAAUUGAAACUGAGAGUUUUACCUUUCAGCCAGAUAACCACCCUAAACAAUCAGAAAGUUUAGGGUAAAAGGCUGUGGCUUAAAUCACAGCAUGUUUAAGUAUAGUCAAAGUUCAGGCCUAAUCUGAAUGUGGCUAAAACUGGACAAACAGUGAAAAGACUCACGGUUAAAAAAUACACCAACUUAGAGAAGCCAAAAUCUGUGUAUUAUUUUCCUCCCACUUCACUUUUCACAAUUAUGCUCUACUUUCUGUCAGUCUGCCACAUAUACAUCCAGUAAAAUACAGAACAUUUUGUUGUAAUUUGACAAAUUGUGAAAAAGUUUCAAAAGGUAUCAAUGUUUUUUUGCAAGAGAUUGCAAAGGAUUGUAUUUCAAACUGUUCCUUGUGAAAAGGGAAAUCCCUAUACAAGUGAUAAAUUUGAAGAACUUGCUGCACUUUGGCUUCAAACACAAACACUCAGCUCAGAACAAUAACAAAGGGAACCCUGAGAAUUCACACUGAAAGAACCCUUUAAACAAUGCAAAGUCAUAAAUUGUAACAGUAUUUAGAAAUCUAGUUGCAUGAGAGAAACAAAAUGGCGCUUGAAAUCGUAAAUGUUUAGGGAAUUCUUUUGUAAUUUUAAGGGAUCAAAUAUAAAGUCUAUGAUACAAAUACAACAUUUUGAAGUCUAUGUGGUCUAGAAAAUGUUGGUUUUGGGGACUUUCUUUGAAAAUUAGAACAAUACAGCAAUAAAAUAAAAGGUAUAACAGGUAAUUUGGCUUUUAUCUGUUAAAUGAAAAUACCAGUCCCCAAAUCCAGCCAGGUGGUUUCAUUUUUAAUGGAAGUGGUGCAGAUGAUACAGCUUCCUUUCUUUAAAUAAGACCUUCUUUAAUUUUUUUCCUAAGAAAUCAGGUGAGAUUUCAAGUGGCUCCAUUUAGAUUAGAAAACAUCUUCAGGGUUAUUGAAACUCUCUGCCAUGCAGUUUAUUAAGCAGGAUAUUUGGAUAUGGCUUUUUAAACAGUGUUUUAUGAGAGGACUGCAUUACAUCCAAAUAGGGUUCUGUUUCUUUUGUCGUUUAAUGUAAUAAACAGUGUUUAUUUAUUUUUUUGUAAGAACGUAUAUGUUUAUGUUGUGUACGCCACUCAGUGAGUGCAGUUUUUUAUAUUGUGAAUCUCAGCUUUUAACUUUAAACUAAAGAUAAGCAAGACAAUAUUUUUUGUUUUCUUAACAAGUAAGCAGACCUUGUUGCUAUGUUUUUGCCUGUAGACAUUUUUUUUUUUAGUAAAACCUUUACUUUGACGACCCUUGUCAGAGGCUUUCACAGUACCUCAGUGCAGGAGAGGAGGAUUUUUAUGCUUCAGUGUUUUCAGUCAGGUAUCAUUUCUGCACUCUAAGUUAAUGUAAGAUCACAGAGCAUCUGCUUUUUUUUUUUCUUUUAGGAAUAAUGGUUAUAAAGUUUCUGACCUUGACAAUGUAUUCAGCUGGUAUUUUAUAGCAAACUGUUAAAGAUAAAAUAUGUUGACAUGACUGUCAGAAAUAAUCUUUCUUACAUGGAAACAGGGUUUACAUAGUAUUUUCUCAAGGGUUGUUUCAGUGAUAAUGCCAGUCAAAAAUCAAACACUUGUUAAGCUUGACACUUUCUUUUCAUCAUGACUAAAUAAUAUCCCAAACUGUGAAUGAUGUGUUAUAGGGUUCGCUUUUGUUCAGAGAUCAAUUUUAUGCUGUGAUAACAACAAAAAAAGAAUAACUUCCACUGUUCUGCAACAAUAUGAAUGUGUUCAGGGGAAAAGGCCAAACCUUGAGUGGAAGAAAGUGUUGUAAUAAAGACUUUAUAUGUUUGUAAAACAUUUUGGAUCCACUCUUAUAAUUUGUAGCCCUAUUUCUGCCACAACCUGCUUAACUUCCGUCUGCAUAGCAAAGGACAAGGUUUUCCAUUCUUAUAUAUUUCUUUGUUUUUAUUUUUGUCACUUUUCAUUGAUUUAGAAUCAACUGGGGAUGUAUAAGAACAGUUUUCAAAUUCAAUUUUUAUUUAUUUAGGGGAAAAGCUGUUCAGACUAACUUGGCCCCUUAUAAUGAAUAACUUGUGCCAAGCUUGGUAACAACAACUACUGUGGGUCAUUUAUUCAUAUCAACUGUUUUAAUAGUCUUUGUUUUUGAGCCCUUCAAAUCAGAUAAUUGUUCUGCUACAUCACCCAAGUAUAUUUAGGGAAAAGUCAUGAACUGAAGACAACCAAAUAUUCUCGUUAAGAACUGAGAUAAGGGAACAAGUUGACUUUAGAUGGGACUGUAAAUGUUGUUCUGGGUUUUUUGUCACCUUCUGUAUGAUUUGUAAAGGCUCUGUAAAACUGAUAAAACAAACCACUAGAUUUUAACCAAGAAAAUUGGAGUAACAGAUUGCAUACAUUUAAUUAAGGAGAUUUCAAUCAAUAAUUCUGCAAAGAAUUUGGGUGUUUAAGAAAAAAAAAAGAUACAUGGGGCGAAAUAGAAAAAUGUUUUCAAUGUUCUUGGCUGAAAAUGUGUUGAUUUUUCUCAGAAUAAUUGUUUUACCUAAAUUGAUUAGUCAGGUUGUGCGUAUUUUAUUUCAUAUUGACUUAGACUUUAGACACAUCAAAUUUGACAAUUUACAUAAUAUUAAGUAGAAAAAGGGAGAAAUUAACAGUAAGAAACUAAACUUGCAAGCAAUUUUGACAUUAGCAUUGGCUCUGUUGCUAAGCUAAUGCUAUCGCUGAAGGUUUAAGUUAUGAAAUCUUUUUGAAGAAGCUGACAUGGAAACCUUUUUCCUGACAACCACAGGUAAAGUACACUGUUUAAUUAAUGACGAUUGCUUGCACUUAAAAACUUUAGCUAGAGGCAAACGUAUCUUUAGCAAUAGUCGCUAAUCUAGCAGCAGAUACAGUAAAUGUUACAACAAUGUUUUGGUCUAUUUGCGACUACAAAUUUUAAAAUUUCCAUUGGUAAACAUUAAAUUGAACAGCUAUUAUGUUUGAUUUAUAUUUUUGUAAUUUAAACAGCAAACAUUAAUACCCUCCAAAGUUCUUCUUUAUAGUGUAGAGUCCCGUUGGCUCACCACUGUUAAAUGUUUUUUCCCAUUUGAAGACGAGCUGUCCAAUCGGUUCCCUGACUUCCUAAAGCCUUAGAAAUUUAUUUGCAAUCCAUUUUAGACUGGCAAAUGUUGAAUAUUGCUUUCCUUUUGUUUUUUAGAUUCUUUAGGGUUUGUUACUUUUAUGAUCUUUUCCGUACCUCAUGUUAUUAGAUCGGUUCUAUUUAAGGAAUUUCUUUAUUUUACAGGUCAAAAGGUGGAUCAGACGUGGAUGCAGCUCAUACAAUUAAUUUGAGUGCACAAAAAAAAUUAUAAAAAUACAAAUGUUAAUUCCAGUUAAGUCUUAAUUGUUAGCAUUACUUUUUAAAAUUUGGUCUGGUUGGUUUAGAUUGCUUAUUUUCCCUAUUAUCAUUCGAUAGCUGCUGUUUAGAAGCACUCACGGUGUUUCUGUUUGAUAUUAAAAUUUAAAGCAUUUCAGAAUGACAAAGCAGCAAAAUAACAUCAAUCUGUUACGGGGGCAGGGAGAAUGCUAUAAUUACAUUCCCGACUUGGUUGUGCGCCCCUUAAUCUCUGGGCUUCACAUAGAUAUCCCAGAGAAGAGGGACCUGGCGGGAGGACUCAGUUCAAACAAUUUGACCUUAAGGUAACAUUUAAACUCGAAAGGGCAAAGCAGUGCUGUGACCUUCAUCAGAAAAAGUAGAUAAAAAAAAAAUGUGGGGAUGCUCGGUCUAAUCAAAUCAAUCGUGCCACUGUCUCAUUUGGAAGAUGCUGGUGCGUGACAGGCCUCACACCUCAGUGAUGGACCUCAGUCAAACCGCCCCCAGCUUCAGCAGGCUCUGCCAUCCCCAUGGCAAUUAUUACCUAGUGACAUUUCUCAGCACUGUGGUGGGUGGGAGGAGGAGCCUGCUCUACUGGGAACCUAGAAAGACUCACUUUGAUAUGACUUUUUAAAAUUUGGAGAGUAAAAACUGCGACUUUUACUUGAAGAUGUUAGCACAUUUCGAGGAGCACUUCUCUAAAAUCGUUUUGAGCUAAGAUGCAAAGGAAAGUGACAUUUUUGGGUGAAUUAUUUUGAAUAUUUCUGCUGCACAGCUCUGGAAAAACUGAACAUCCCACUGCACUGAACCCCAUUGAAAACCUCCUGGUUAUUCCAACAAAUAGUAAUUUCUGAACUUUGUUAAACUGUGCUAAAACUUUAGUUUUGUUGUUUCUAAAUGAAUAUGAAUGUUUUGUUGUUGUUUUUUUUUUUUUUUUGCAUUAUUUGAGGUC